AUGACGUGGGGUUGGAGGAAGAUCUUAUCCAUUCGGAAUGCGGUUCGGCCGUCUUUUUGGAGCAUCAUUCGGAGUGGUAAGCAAACGAAUGUGUGGAGCGAUAAUUGGUGUCACUUGAGUCCUCUUAGGUCUUUUAUAACACCAAGACACAUUGCGAACGCGGGGUUUAACCUUCAAGCCACGGUGGCAGAAGUAAUAGAUGAGAAUGGGCAGUGGAAAUGGCCCCAAGCAUGGUACGAUGUAUACCCGGUUCUGAUUGGGUUAACUGUUAAUCAACAGGACCCCCAGUUAGCGGACCGAAUGGUUUGGAAGGAUGUAGAGGGUCAUGAUCAGCACUUUAGCUCAUUGGAAGUAUGGCAUACAUUACGGACUCGUGACACUCCAGUUAAGUGGGCUAGUAUGGUGUGGUUUAGUCAAUGUAUCCCGAGACAUUCAUUUCAUCUUUGGUUAGUCAUAAAAAACAAGCUCAAAACACAAGAUCGGUUGGCGGUUUGGGAAGUGGGCAGCGAAACGAACCGGAGACUCAUGUGUUGUCCUCUUUGUAAACAUGGUACGGAUUCUAGAGAUCAUUUAUUUUUCGUGUGUGGUUUUGCUUCUCAAGUCUGGUCGAACAUAAGGAUGUUGGUGGAUUUGGAAAACGUUAAUGAUUCUUGGACUUCGAUUGCGGUUUGGAUGGAACGCUAUUCGGAUUCCAAAAGGUUCAAACACAUCGUGUGUAAGCUAGCAAUAUCGGCCUCAUCUUAUUACAUAUGGCAAGAGCGGAAUAAUCGGUUGUUUACGUCAAAGGAGUGCACGGCGGAACAGGUAACCGAGAAGAUUAAAAACAUUGUCCGGCUCAGGCUAAUGGGUUUCGUUUACAAAGGAGAUUUGGAUUACCAAAGGACGCUCACAAAGUGGCAGAACCUGUGUAGGGCAUCGGAUGAAGACCCGGGCUAA